UUGAUUGUAUACACCUGUGUCCAUGGAGGGGAUUGGAACACCUGAAUCACAUGAUUGGGAGGGGAUUGGAACACCUGAAUCACAUGAUAUGGAGGGGAUUGGGACACCUGAAUCACAUGAUUGGGAGGGGAUUGGAACACCUGAAUCACAUGAUUGGGAGGGGAUUGGAACACCUGAAUCACAUGAUUGGGAGGGGAUUGGAACACCUGAAUCACAUGAUUGGGAGGGGAUUGGAACACCUGAAUCACAUGAUUGGGAGGGGAUUGGAACACCUGAAUCACAUGAUUGGGAGGGGAUUGGAACACCUGAAUCACAUGAUUGGGAGGGGAUUGGAACACCUGAAUCACAUGAUUGGGAG